GAUUUUCGCCUUCAAACCCGGUUGUUGAAACGCGCAAACAUCGUCCCUCGGAAGCGAUUCGAGACCACCGCAUUGGCGAGGCAUACCAUGCUGACCACAACCGCACGCUCUUCUACCUACGGGAUAUGAGAGGAGCCUUCUCGUGAGAUGCCGGCUAGAGCCUACCUAAGCUGACACCCCAAUCGCCUACCCGUAUUACGACGAUUCGGCAAUUGCCUUGCGACUAGUGCCUCCGUUUUACCUCCCAAGCCGCAAUCCCGCAGCACAGAAGGAUUGCUGCCGACAUCUGACACCAAUCGCACGUGUCGGUCUACUCGUACAGGUGCUUCCUACCGAAGAGGGAGAGGGGAGCAGUCCACGCGAGGGGUUUUCGGCUCAUUUCCACUUUGUCGUAUUGUGAAGCUGAGUUCAACUUGGUCGCUUCGGGUUUGAGAGACGGAAUUGGCUCUCUGCCGAGCUGCUCAAGUCCUGUCCAUUAGCUUAGGUGUUGGUCCCUCGUUCUACGCAAGAUGGGCCAAAAAUCCAAGUUCACAUUCCCCAUGCCGGGGCGCCCGCCCAAGCAAGCGCCUCCCAUACCCAUUUCGAACUCCCUCUCGAAGGCCGAGAAGAUACUGGGAACUAGUAGGGCGGCGCCCGCGUCGCCUAUCGGAGGCAAGGAUAACGGACGAUCGUGGGAGACGGGCUCGACUAGCGGCAUUAGUAUAUCGAUAUCCGAGAGCAGCGCCAGCCAGUCCGGCGUCUUGGAGGGGGAUGAAGACCAACUCGUUGGGACAAAUUAUGGAAAUACUACGUGGGAGGAAGAGUCGGAAGUCAUGCCGCGGCGACUGCGCAGCGCAUAUAGCGCUCGUUGGAAGAGCUUAAAGACGAAGAGGUCGGCGAUCACCCUCGGCAGUAAGAGCCGGGAUACCGCCACAGAGGACUCCUCUCGUCGGCCCCAAUCGAGUUCAACGGCCUAUUCGCAUUACGAGCCUUCCAAGGUGCCGCUAUCCAUAUCCCAGCAGACUUCCAGCUCGGCGAUGGCGAAGGGACUGCCCGCAAAAGCCAGCGCACUACUAGACAUCGACGGGACGCUCACCAGCAAGGGGCAGCAGAGGAAGAAACCUGUGAAGCUCGACUUCUCGAAGCUCAGGCUGAGGAGUCGCAAGGACCAUAUUAUAGACUCCAAUGGGGUCGGUCCCGUCUUAAAUAAUGGCUACGUAAUGCGGUCGCCGUCUAUCAUGUCCCACCUAUCGCCUUCGCAACACACGAUAUUGUCGCCGACGGCAGCAUCCCCGACGAGCCCCGGGAGGACCCCCCGAGCCACAGAUCUCCACCCUCACCCGAUGGCGGACACGACGAGGGCGGAGCGCGUUAAGGGCACGAGUGAUAUGAGCGGACUCCAUCAGCUGUACGAUCACUACGAAAAGAUGUCGUUUCGCCAUGUGACAGAUCUAAGAGAAGAGGACGAGGAGGAUGAGGACGCGGCGGAGGUGGCGCUAGCGCACUCGAGCAGCCAACGCUUGCCGGCCCGGACGUACGAGCCAGAGGGUCUGGAUGCGUCUCGUGAUGAUACGGCCACUCCCUUGCCGCAUUCUAUGGCCAGCGAGUCGGACAAUAGAUGGACGCACAGCCGGACCGCCUCGCAGACAAGUAAGACUACUACCAUCAAUAGGUCUACGACGCCAAGUACGAUGCAGUUGCGCCCACUAUCGAGAAAUGAUUACCCUGCGAGCGUAUCGAGCCGGCACACGCGGACUUCGAAAGCCACGCCCUCUAUCAUGAGCAACCUGGAUUCCGAUCGGCAGCAGCAGAGCGUGCUGUCGCUCACCGAUUCGGAGUCGGAUGCGGACGAGACUACUUAUUCUAGGCCAGGGUCCUCUCUACCGUCCUACGACAACAGUUCCCGCGACGACGUCAGCAUAUCCUCUAGCCAACGGCAGCUGAAGACGAAGAGACUGUCUACUAGCAAUUCGCUCAAAUCAACCAACUCUAAGGCAACAUCAUACACACAGCUCAACGACUUCCUCACCAUCCCUCAAGCUUCACCCAAAACCAAGAAUGGCCGAGCGCCAUCAACUAAUACUACCUAUUCGUCCAAUUCGUCUAUGAGCACAGCAACCCGCGUCUCUUUGGCUUCCCGCCAUGACUCCUCCCGAGCGUCCGUUUCGACGACCGGGACCCUUGGCUCCACGCUGUCGCCAACUUAUAGCGUACAGGAAGCGAGGAUGAUCUCAUUCACCCCGUUAGCCUCUACAGCGGAAGCGGCGUCGUCGGUGACGCUAGAUACGAUACCGAGCAACUUCAACCAGGUCCUCUCACAUCAGGUUAGGCACCGCCCAUCGCAAAACUCUCACGCAUCAGACCAGCCGACGCCGCCGCUAUCGCCGAGUAGCGUGGAAUUUUUCAAGCGACAGUCGGAAUCGACACGACCGGAAUCGAUCGUAAGCAACGCUAGCGAACCGCAGAACGCAAGAUUAAUGGCUGUAACGAGACAGGAGGAGAUGCUUCUCGCCGCGCUGCGGAAGAAGAGGGCGCGGAUGCGGGAGAACAUAAUUGCCGAAAUUGAAGAGGACAGGGGCGGCCGGGGACACGGCUCAAAGGGCAGCAUAAGUGGCGCCGAGAGCAUCAAGAAGGGUGCCGUACCGAACCCGAAACUCGCAGAGAAGGAGACGAGGGACGCCCGUGCGAGGACGAAGCAACCGAAGCUUACGGGGAGAAGAUCAUCUUCGCUCGUCGGGUACGCAAACCCGAGCGGCGGCACCACCACCACCAGCAGCCGCGGCCGACUGCGCGAAAGCUCCAGCGGGCGGCGUGCCGUCGACGCGCCGCGGUCGACGAGCCACAGCGCACCGACGGAGAAGGGCCUCAGGCCGUUCCGGAUCUCGCUCGAGCCCGAAUCGCGAGCGACGACGACGACGGGCAAGGCCCGCCACGAGCGGGUGCUGCUGUACCUGGACCGGCCGAUCGACAGCAUCGACGUGGUCGACCAGGCGGAGCCGAGCCCGGACCUGAGCGAGUUCAUGGACGAGGAGCUGGCGUUCCCGAUGCCCAAGGGCCAGGGCCGGGGCCGGAGCGCGUCGAAGCUCGGCGGCGACAGCCCCGAGCCGCGAGGCAGGCCGCGGCCGGACUCGAGCCCGGUGAGCCCGCGGAGCGUCCCCGUCCAGGAGGCCCCGCUCCCGAACAACCUGCCGAAGCUCGCGCCCGCGGUCAACGAGGAAAUCCACGCCGACGCCGACUUCGGCAACGCCAAGCCCGCCGUGGCGCACCGGCGGGGCGCCGUCGCCGCGCGCGAGCCGUCGACGGAGAAGGGGGGUUCUCGAUCGCGCAGUCCCGCCUCGCCCGAGAACAGGUUCCUAACGGCGCCGCCCCCCAGCGCGGGCCACAAGAAGGGCAAGAAGAGCUCCGUGAGGCUGAGCGCCGUGGGGGGAGUCGGCUCCCCCAUCCCUUGGUGGGGCGACGACGACUGAAUGCGACAAUCCGACCCAUAGCGGUCACGAAGCCGAAGCAACCUCCGCUGGGUGACAGAGAUGACCCCCGUCCCCUCCCCCCC